CACAGAGACACGGACCUCAAGAGAGUGUGAAUGGCGAAGAGCGACGCGACUUUCAGAUCGGUGUACGAGUUCUUGAAGCGGUGAUGACUUGCCGGUAAUCGGAUCCCUCCAGAUUGUUCAGCUCAAGUCCUCUGCUUCCUCUCCCUCCAAUCUCAUCACGUAAGCAACAUACUCAUCUCUCGCUGGCGAUUCAAAUUUCAAACUCGCUUUUCCACUCUCGCUUGCUCCGACGUCGUUUCGAAUUGGGGCGCUUCUGAUAUGUGUCAUCAUCGUCAGCUCCACUUCACACCACCAUGUCUCUCGCGCCACUUAAAAAAGAAAAGCGUCGCCGUCCACUUCUGCCUCCGUCAGAGUGACGACCGACCAAUCACAUCCGGCCACCUCGAAUUCGGUAUCUGCAGUGGAGAAGCCGCUGCCAAUACCUGCUGUAGCCUAUUUGAUGCGUUCGCAAACAAGACCUUGGACAUUAUUGAGGCUCAUUGAUUUGGGUUUGCGAUUGGUGGUUUUUGCAGGGAUCAGUAUGAGCUGAGAAGAGUAAUGGUGCUAAACAUAUUCCAAUGAGUGAGCAUAUGGAUGGGUCUGAAUCUACUGUUGAGAUAAAAAUAAAGACAUUGGAUCACAAACCUAUACUCUCAAAAUGCAUAAAAAGGGACUUGUUGAUGUGACGAAUUGUGGUAUUUUUCUCAAGGGAAACACUAUUGCUGUCAUGGGUUCACUUUAUGGAUUAAAGAUGAUAAGGAGGAUUGUGGAAGACUGUAUAGCUCAUGAUAUGCCUCAUGCACCCCGUGUCCAGAGGAUGAAAAAGAAGAGCCAAGCGAAGAAGGAUAGGAGGAUCAAAAGGACCAGUGAAGUGACAAUGAAUUUUCAAGCUUUGCGUGUCUAAAUUUUGUUAUAUGAGCUAGGCUCAUUUAGAAAAUGAGUGACAACAUCAUCCUAAAUGACUAGACAAGUUAGUGGUGGCGUUAUCUUCAUCAUUAGUAGGGAGUUUAGUCACUACUCCAUCCAGUUAUCUCAGCUGCUUGAAAACUAUGUCAGUGUAUUAGUUUUCUGUCAAAUGCUUUCAAGGGAGAAUCAAGGUUUGCGAUUUUCAAUUUUUUUUUUCGAGUUUCUUUGUUCACCCUUAUCCUGGCUUAGAUUUAUGACUAGUUUCUCUUUGAGAUUAUUAUUCAUUUUGUUGUGGAUAGGUGAAAGAUCAACAAUGCGAAACUUGUUAGUUGUUAGGUGAUUUGGCUUCCAUGAUAUAUAAAUCUGCCCGAAAGGCCUAAAGUUUACUCCAUGAUAUAUAAAGUUGUUGAGCAAUAUUGUAGCUGUAA